AUGAUGCCGUCCGUGGUAUACUUGUACGCCGAGCUGCAGUUGUUGAUGGGCAAUACGGACUACGGUAACAGCCUCGUCCACUUCUUGUGCUUCCCUCAUCCUGCCUGGCCGAUCCUCACGUUGAAGCCGCCAACGCCGUGCGUCAUUCUCGCAGAGGAUCCCAAGCGGAAUCAUAUCGUCGCCGACUAUUGGCUCAAAGAAUCGGUACGUUUGUGGCCCGACGUUCCGUCCGUGCCGCAUCCAAGCGAACCCGGCAGCGUCGUGUAUACGCACGACCUGGGGGCGACAGCGGCCUACGUCGCAACGCGCACCCAGCAGUCCAGUGUAAGCUCAAGAGUUGGAACCUCGACGCCUCCUCCAUGCUAG